UUUUUUUACUUUUUAAAUGUAGCCUGCUAUAAAAUUAUUCUUCUUCCAUUAAUUCUUUUCUCAGUUUAUUGAGUAUCUACUGGGCCAGGUAUUCCUAGCUGAGGGAGCGUGCCAUAUAAUGGCCUCAAGGCAGAAAGACAGUGGUAAAUCCUGGGAAGGCAGACAGAGCCCGGCACCCAGAUGGUAACAAAACAGAUAAUGAGUGAGGUCACAGAAGCGGGAAGGAGCCCAGUGAUGUGGAGAUUUGUAGGUCCUGGAGAAUGCUGAGGGUGAGCACUGAAGGAUUUGAGCUGCACGGCUGUGGUUCUGUGUUACUCUCUAGAAGGAUCACUGUAGAAAUGGAUUGGAGGUAGGCAAGAGAGGAAGCGCAACACCUAUGGGGGACUGAGAAGAAGCUGGAUUGGGCGGAGGGAGAAGUUGAGCUUCCGCACAGUCCCAACGAAAAUCUCAGCCACCUGCAUGGGGGCCUGUCAGCCAGCCUUUCCUGAAACAAACCACCCACCAUAAUGGAUGCAGACUGCUCCUGGAAGGUUGUAUGACCCUGGGCAAGGCAGUUUUCUUGAGAACUUGGAAUGACCAAAGAAGGAAGGAAAAUAUGAUGGAAUGAAUUAGCCCAUCCUGUACACUGGAAGAGAUGACCCCUUAUCUUCAUUGUUCCCAUCAUCAACAAAUAACACCAGUGAGCACUUUUUAUAGGGCUCUGAGGCUCUCACUCUAAAGCCAGCAGAGUGAUUUUGCCUUCUGAUGUUUAUCGGAAAAUGUAUCAAAAGAAAGUCAGUAUGAACUUACCUGAAUAGCCUUUUAAAAAGAGUUUUGGCCCAUUGCAGACAUCUCAAAAUGUCCUUACUCUGUGAAAUAAGUUUCUACAAUGAUUUGUUCGACACUCAGGAGAGUUGGCCACGUGCAUAUCUACCUGGUGAGGAAGGCCAGCGGUGUCUCCAAAGGCCAUCAUCAACAAACUGUGGGCUCAAGACCUGCUGCUUCAGAGUUUGCUGCCCGAGGAGCUUCGGGCAACGUGCUGGAGCUGCUGGGCAAAUCCUACCCUCAGGACAACUACAGCAACCUCUCCCGGAAAGUUCUCUCCAGGGUUGGUAGGAAUCUGCACAAUCAGCAGCAUCACCCUCUUUGGCUGAUCAAGGAGAGGGUGAAGGAACACUUCUACCAGCAGUAUGUGGGCCGCUUUGGGACUCCGCUGUUCUCAGUUUAUGACGACCUUUCUCCAGUGGUCACCACCUGGCAGAACUUUGACAGCCUACUCAUCCCAGCCGACCACCCCAGCCGGAAGAAGGGAGACAACUAUUACGUGAAUGGGACUCACAUGCUGCGAGCUCACACGUCCGCACACCAGUGGGACCUGCUGCGGGCUGGGCUGGAUGCCUUCCUGGUGGUGGGUGAUGUCUACCGGCGCGACCAGAUCGACUCCCAGCACUACCCAGUGUUCCACCAGCUGGAGGGCGUCCGACUCUUCUCGAAGCAUGAGUUAUUUACUGGCAUAAAGGAUGGAGAAAGCCUGCAGCUCUUUGAACAGAGUUCUCGUUCUGCCUAUAAACAGGAGACACAUACCAUGGAGGCCACAAAGCUCGUUGAAUUUGACCUUAAGCAAACGCUUACCAGGCUUGUGACACAUCUUUUUGGAGAUGGACUGGACAUUAGGUGGGUAGACUGCUACUUCCCUUUUACUCAUCCUUCCUUCGAGAUGGAGAUCAACUUCCACGGAGAAUGGCUAGAAGUUCUUGGCUGUGGGGUGAUGGAACAGCAACUAGUAAAUUCAGCUGGUGCUCAAGAUCAGAUCGGUUGGGCUUUUGGCCUGGGAUUGGAAAGACUGGCCAUGAUCCUCUAUGACAUCCCUGAUAUCCGCCUCUUCUGGAGUGAGGAUGAGCGUUUCCUGAAGCAGUUCCGCGUGUCAGAUAUCAACCAGAAGGUGAAAUUUCAGCCUCUUAGCAAAUAUCCUGCUGUGAUAAAUGACAUCUCAUUCUGGUUACCCUCUGAGAAUUAUACAGAAAACGAUUUCUAUGACUUAGUACGAACAAUUGGAGGAGACCUGGUGGAAAAAGUUGAACUGAUAGACAAGUUUGAACAUCCAAAAACAACCAAAUUAAAUCUGGGAGCUGGCCGUUCCUCCUACUUGGAGCACCAGGAUUUUACUUUUCCAGGACACACAAGACAAGCCACUGCUACCGAAUCACCUACCGCCACAUGGAGAGGACCUUGUCCCAGAGAGAGGUCAGGCGUGUCCACCAGGCUGUGCAGGAGGCUGCCGUGCAGCUGCUGGGUGUGGAGGGCAGAUUUUGAUGGCACUGCUUGGACCAGGCUGCAGCCUCUCGGGACUCCAGGAUUUGUGAGGGAGAAAAGGAUAUUGUUUGUAGGCUGAGGCAUCAGUCAUGUUUUGAUAAAUGGGUCAGUUUUAGGACUUUCAGAAAAUAAAAGAUCACUCUUGAGAGAC